CCACAUUCUCAUAAUUUAAGUUCUAAGCUCUAUGCAUUAAAUCUAGCAACUACCAGGCUAUAACCAAAAUGGCUUUCCCACUCACUUCUGUGUGUACACUCAUUUGUUUUCUUCUCAUUUUCUCCAACUAUGGAACCUUCACAUCUGCACAGACAAAAACCACGAGCAUCGGAGCAGUCAUCAACGAUGAUACUCGUAUCGGAAAGCAAGUGAAGGCAGCCAUGAAAGUAGCUGCUCAAAACUUCAAUAGCUCCUCUUUGUACCAUAAAUUAUCUCUUCAUUUUCGCAACCCUGGUGGAAAUCCCCUCCAAGCAGCUUAUGCAGAUGGCAACAAGAGGAAGGGGACGUCGGGGUGGACGAAACAACCAACCACCACCACCGGCUUUCGAUCAGCAAGCCUUUAUGGAGGCUAUGGGCGCGAUGACCGCCACCUUUUUGCAAGCCAGUUCUAAUGUGGGCCAAGGAGGCUCGAACAACCUACAGAAGUUUAGGUCCCACAACCCACCAACUUUUGUAGGAGGAGGGGAUCCGAUGGUAGCUGAUAAUUGGUUCCAACAGGUGGACAAAAUUUUGGAAGCUAUGGAGAUUGUAUCUGAUGCCACGAAGAUUCGAUUGGCCAUUUUCCAGUUUGAGGGAGACGCCCAUCAAUGGUGGACAUGGGCAAAGCCGAUAGACAUCGGAAGGAUGACAUGGGGAGAGUUUCAAGAACUCUUCAUGAAGAAAUAUUUCCCACCAGCUGUUCGGGAAGUCAAAGCCCAUGAAUUUCUAAACUUGAAGCAAGGAGCGAUGACGGUUAUGCAGUACGUGGCCAAAUUCACAGAAUUGGCACGUUUUGCGGAUGACUACGUGGCCACUGAUUUGGCCAAGGUACGGAGGUUUGAAAAUGGCCUAAAGCUAUCCAUCCGCGGGAAGAUUGUUGGCCACAGGUUGCACGAAUUUGAUGAGAUGGUCGAGACAGCCAUGGCUAUAGAGAGAGAGGUGGAAGAUGCCAAGAGGAUUCGGGAGGCUGGAUCAAAGGACAGGAAGAAGGAGGGACAGUUCUCCACUACUAGCUCGGGGAAGAGACAGAAGAUUUCUACCCCACCAGGGGACAGGGAAAUCAGUUGCAAUUUCAGGGUACGGCACAGGCCCCUACCACUUCACGAGCGGGGACUCCGCAGUCAGGCCAGGGCAUGGGCCGAGGCCGGGGACAGGGCUUUCAGGCCGGGACUUCAGGGACCCAGGGGCGAGUCUUCGCCAUCACACCACAGAUUUUACCGGCAGAUCAGUCAGUAAUUCAGGGUACAUUUCUUCUCUCUAGAUUAUGGACAAAAAUAUUAUUUGAUUCUGGUGCAUCACAUUCUUUUAUUGCUACAUCAUGCCUACGAGACUUGGGUAUAGAGGCCGAGACUCUGGAUGAGCCCAUGUAUGUGAGUUCACCCCUAGGAGACAGAGUUUGUAUUGACAAGAUAUGUCGGGGUUGUGAGUUGGAGAUCGAAGGAACCCAACUUACUGUUGACCUUAGGGUUAUCGAGAUGACGGAGUUCGAUGUCAUACUCGGGAUGGAUUGGUUGGCGGCACAUAAAGUCGUCAUUGAUUGCGAGCGUAAGAGGGUUACAGCUUACACUUUAGACGGAAUUUGUUUCAAGUUUCAGGGGGAGAAACACAAUGCCUUACCCCAUGCCGUAUAUGACUCCCGAUGGCACGGGCAAUUGAUAGGUUGGCUUGCUAGCCUUACACUGGAGGACGAGGAGAAACAGGAAUUGGGUCUGCCUCGAGUCGUGUGUGACUAUGCGGAUGUCUUCCCGGAUGAGUUACCAGGGUUACCACCGCAUCGGGAGGUAAAUUUCACUAUAGAGUUACAGCCCGGUGUAUCCCCUAUUUCUAUGGCACCGCAUAGGAUGGCACCAGCGGAGUUGCAAGAACUUAAAGUCCAGUUACAAGAGUUAUUGGACAGAGGCUUUAUUAGGCCGAGUACUUCACCUUGGGGUGCUCCGGUACUAUUUGUCAAGAAGAAGGACAGGACGCUUAGGCUCUGCAUUGACUAUCGGCAAUUGAAUAGGGUCACUAUCAAGAAUAGGUACCCUUUGCCACGUAUUGAUGACUUGUUUGACCAGCUGAGAGGGGCACAGGUUUAUUCCAAGAUAGAUUUGCGCACGGGGUACCAUCAGUUGAGGAUUAGAGAUGUCGACAUUCCAAAGACGGCAUUUCGAACGCGUUAUGGGCAUUUUAAAUUUAUUGUGAUGCCAUUCGGAUUAACGAAUGCCCCAGCGGCAUUCAUGGAUCUCAUGCAUAGGGUGUUCCAGCCCUACCUAGAUCAGUUCGUUGUGGUCUUU